CUACGCUACGCCCCUCCUCUCCUUGCUCUUCAAAGCCUGGAUUAUCUCAGACGGCCAGCAAAACAGACUCAACGAAGAACGACUGCGAUAUCGACUAUCAAAUCCCGAAAGGGGUCACAUGAUUCACAAUGCGUUGGUCAAUUAACCUCUGCAUGCAACAGUUGAAGGACAAGGCCAAAGAUAGGUGAGGAGUCACGACCUCAUUCUUCAUUAGAAGCAAAGCAGACCAAUGACAGACGAGGCCGAGGACCUCCCAGUAUGAGUCACAGGAGCAGCCCUAGCCUGUGGAACGUACUACCCCAGAGAAGCCCAGCGCCAUGCGACCGCUAUAAGCAUGCCUGCUGCUCCUACAGGGGUGAGGUCUUCAUGCUGGGAGGGAGGUCAAGCAGCUUGCUCAGGGACUUCUGGAAGUAUAAUGUUGUGCGCAAUGAGUGGACAGAGUUGGACUGCGGUGGUGACGCAGCUCCCGAGGAGCUUCAGGAACACUCUAUGGUUGCCCACCAGGGCUUUCUGUACGUCUUCGGUGGAAUGAUCGAUUCUGUGUACACUAAAUGGAGAACACCCCUAUGGAUGUUUGAUGUUGAAAACAAGCAGUGGAUGUGCUGGCAAGGAAGAAGUAACCUGCCUCAGAACCCUGUUCCAGCCAAUAGGAAGGCCCACAGUGCUGUGGUAUUUGGCUCAUCCAUGUACAUUUAUGGAGGAUACAUUGACAUUAGAGGCUCAUCACAAGAGUUCUGGAAUUUUGAUUUCGACACCAUGUUGUGGUCUUUGCUGGACUGUACCCAGAUGGAGGUGGGUCCUGGUCCCAGACACAGCCACUCAGCCAUUGCCCACCUGGACUGCAUGUACCUGUUCGGGGGUUUAAAGGGGCUGAGGGAGCAGAGGGACCUGUGGAGGUGGAGCUUUGCUAGUCAGGCCUGGACCAGUCUCAAAACCACGUCAGGUCCCUCUAAGCUGGUGGGUCACUCAGCUGUGGUCUACAGGGACAGCAUGCUUCUAUUUGGAGGGGGUGAGACCCAACAAGCCCCCAGCAGCUGUCUAUGGAGAUAUAGCUUUAACACUCAGACGUGGGGAAAGCUAGCUGUACUACCCAGCUCCAGCCCUCCUCCCCACCGGAUCCAUCACUGCUGUGUCGGCCUGGGCUGCAGUUACCAGUCGGCCUUGACCACCACCACAAGCACCACCAUGACACCCAGCGUCACCGCCAGGAACCGCCUGGAGAGCAAGUUACGCCCGUUUAAAAACAAAUGCUUUCCGUCCAAUCCAGACACCGGAGGUGAUAUUGAACUGAAGACAUUUAAUAGGGACCCUCUGUUGACUGAAGUGACGGACUGUCAUAAUGCCGUUAACGGCAAGGGCGUUGAACCCGUAGGGAAUUGUCUUACCUUUGAGAAUCAGGAGGCCUUCGGUGAAAAGUGGAGCUGCUGGGAUACAGAGAAGGAGGGUACAUGUGAACUGGAGGAGAGCAAUGACAGCAUGGCACAACACCUUCCCGAUUUGCUGUUGGUGCUGGGGGGGAAGCCCUUAACCCGACACACAACCGUCUCAGUGUGGCAGAUGACACUGGCUAACCUGUAACCACUGAGCCCAAAGAGAGGACGCUAGUGGUUUUUGAAGUAGAAAAAGCAGCGUUUUUCUAUGGAAAUGAAACACAAAGCGGGGGUGUACUGCUAGAGUUACUGCUUGGCGCUUAGAGUUCCCUUCUGUGGAUGUGUUAGUCCACUUUCAGUUCUUCCCAAUUGAUUUGACACAUUACUCCAAACGGAGGUUUAUUCUCUGAAAAUACAGUUAGGUCUGGAAAUAUUUGGACACUGACACAAUAUACAUACUUUUGGCUCUGUACGCCACCACAAUUGAUUUGAAAUGAAACAACCGAGAUGCAGUUGAAGUGCAGACUUAUAGCUUUAAUUCAAGGGGAUGAGCAAAAAUAUUGAAUCCACCAUGUUUUAUAGGAUCAUGGGCCAUUCCAAGUCUUCUCCAUACCUCUUCCCCAUCAUUCUGGUACAGGUUGAUCUUAGUUUUAUCUGUCCAAAGAAUGCCGUUCCAUAACUUUGGUAAGUCUAA